GAUCCGGUUCAGUUUUUGCACCGUGCCUGGAGGGCGGGCUCGCGGGCCGCUAAUGCAGCCAGCUCAGGCAGAAGCAGAAGUGCAGCGUUUCUGCCCGCUUCAGCUUCAACCGCGGAAAAUUUUGUGCAAACUCCAAAAGAGGUCAUCAAAUGGGACACCAUAAAUGACGUGAAGGUAGCAGUACUUUCAUGUCUCAACUCUGCGCUGUGCUGUUGGCUUGUGUCUGCGUCGAUGAAGUGAAGGCUGAGUCAGAGAAACAGCAGUGUUUGUUGUGUGAGGUGAGUCCAUUAUGGAGGAAGAAGCUGCUCAGCUGGAUUUGAGUCACCUGACUGAGGUGGAACAAACCAUGAUUUUAAACGUGUUGCUGAGGGAUGCUGAGUUACGUCAGCGAGAGGAGGGCCGGAUCAGCAAGCUCCAGCAAGUGGAGUCAGACCCUGUGCGUCUGCAGUCCUUCAGUGGAUCGUGGUUUAAUGAAGAGCGUGCCAAGCGCUAUCAAAGCAGAGGGGCCGAUAUCGUCCAUGCCUCCAUACGACGCAAAAAGCGGGGCAAAGAUAUGCUCGUGAUGUCACUGUUUGAGGAUCAGAAAGAACAGAGUUCGACUGAGAAGCAGAAAGAAAGCACAGAAGAGAACACAGCUGAUUUGAAAAACACAGGAAAAACAGAAGAUAAAGCAGAAAGGGAAACAGACGAAGAAAAAAGAGACAGUUCCAACCUCAGUGUGGCCCCUGAACCACGGCCCAGGACGAAAUGCAUCUCCAAGAAGAAUGCAGAGAACACAGAAGGUAGUUCGGGAUUUGAAGGAAGUGUUGAAGGUUCAGAGGUUGUAGAUGAUGGAGUACUGCAGAACACAUUGCCAACUCUGCAAGUGGACUCAGAAGAUGAUAUCGACUCUGGCAGCACUGAACUGGACGACACUAGAUUCGGCUCAGUUAACAGCUUGCACUCAAAUCAUAUGAUGAGUGGAAGCCUGAUGAGUCUGUACAGUGUGGGGGAUUUUGGAGGUGUUACCGUGACUGGGAGGAUUCAGUUCUCUCUUAAUUAUGACCCAAAAAGGGAGGAACUUCAUGUUCGUGUGUGUCGCUGUCAGGAUUUGGCUCCAGCACGCAACAACCGCUCCGACCCGUACGUGAAAGUGUACCUCCUCCCAGAUAACACAUCUCGCAGUAAAAGGAAGACUUCAGUAAAGAGGAAAACCCUAAAUCCUGUGUACGAUGAAACACUUAAAUAUAAAGUGCGUAAAUCGGAGCUGCAGGCACGUGUGCUGAGUGUAUCUGUGUGGCAUUUGGAGCGUGUGAGGAGGAACCUGUUCCUGGGGGAGGUGGAGGUGGGGCUUACUCAGUGGGACUGGGGACGGAGUCAACCCACCUGGUAUCCCCUCCAGCCCAGGGUACAAAUGAAUCCUGAUGCUAUCAUCAGCAGAGGAACAGUCUUAUUUUCACUGAAAUUCGUACCUGCUGGCUCUGAGGGAGGAGGGUAUCCUCUGACUGGUGAGCUACAUAUAUGGCUGAGGGAGGUCAUUGGACUCCUUCCUCCAAAGCGUGGUGUUCCUAAUACCUAUGUGAAAAGUGUAGUUUUGCCAGAUGAGAGUGGCGUUAGUGGUCAGCAAACGCGGGUGGUCCGUGGCUCAGUCAGUCCUGUGUUCAACCACACAAUGGUGUAUGACGGCCUGCAGCCUAGUGACCUCACACAGGCAUGCACAGAGAUCACUGUCUGGAACUCCUCCAACUGCCUGGGAGGAGUGCGCCUCAGCAUAGGCUCAGGUGUGAGUUACGGUCAGACGGUUUGUUGGAUGGACUCCACUGAAGAGGAGAUGAGUGUGUGGAAUACAGUCAUUGGAAACCCAAACAACUGGGUGGACGCUGUGCUGCCCAUCAGAACCAACCUCCAGCUGUGCUCAGAGUAAUGUGCCUCUGCCAGGCAGCUUUGUCCAUGAAAUGGAACAGUCCUGCAAUUUCUCUUACAUUUCCAGUGUAGCUCUUCUAAAAAGGGUAAACAUUUAUUAGGACAGUCUAGCAGGCACUAAAGCAUAUUUGUGAAAGGAUUUUCAAUUGACAGCAUGGUUUAGGGAUCAAGGCUAUUCUUCUUAUGUGACUGGAGAACUGGCCCUUAAAUGGUCCCUUCUGUUUGAGAUCUAGCCAGAAACAGAGCAGAUAUGGUUAUGGGUUCAAGGUCAUUCAAGAUCAAGGCCUGUGCACCACUGAAACUGUGAUUUUGGCUUCUCUAGUCCUGUUGGUCAAAAGAAUUAAAAAAAAAACUUUAGCAUAAUCGUAAAUCAGUGACACACAAGGCCAGACUAAGCCGAGAACUAAAAUGCAUUUCCAAUGCAAGUUUCUUAUUAAUAAUACAUUGAGAACUCACUUAGACUAAAAACAAAUACAUUAAAGAUAAUAAACAAUCUUAAUACUCAAUCAAAUUUCACUGGUGGAAAUAAAUUUAAAGAAUUUAAAUAAACAUGCAGUUGUCAGAAUAAAUGAAGACCAGCCUAAAUCUUUCAGUAAUUAUGAACCUCACAAAUCUUAGUUUUAUAGCAUGAGAUGAAAAACUUCACUGAACAGCAUCAAGUCUUAACAGUCUCUUUUUAAAUGGCACAGUCUAAAGCACAAUACUGAAGAGAUUUGGUUACUGUUUUGUGUUUGUCUGUGUCUUGGUGUUACAGGGAAGUAUUCUUAAAAUGAUAAAAUGUAACUGAAAAUGUUGCACAAUGUCUCUAGAACACGUGUAAUAUGAUAAUUUGUCACAUUUUGUUACAUUUAUACUUUGUUAAAUGCUUUAGUAUAAGUAGCUUUAGACAUUAUUGUCCGUUAAAUUGUGUAGAUGAUCACCAUACAUCUCUAACACUCCUUCACCCCCCUUUAGCCCCUCUUUGGGCACCACUGGUGUGCCUGGAUUCAGGUUCAAGUCAUCAGGUUGAAGACAUUCCUGUCCAUGUCUGGGAUUCUUCGAGCAAGCACAGCAUUCUGAUUGAUGGGCUUCCUCUCUAAGCCAUUGCUAAAUUAAAUGGAAGUCAGGUAUCUGCAGGGUUAAAUGUUCUCCUACAAGUGGACUUUCAGAAAGGAGUUGGGGCUCAUAUGCUGGCCUUUCCUUUUGCUAGACUGGUGGUGCUGUUGUGCAAUAAUGGAAAGAUCCUCCUUUUUAUGCUCCACUUCCUUUGGCCAGUGUCUAAAUAAGGUAUAGGGGAUCAACACUUUUUUUAAAAUUCCACACAGAAAGCAUCAUGUGUUUUUGUUGGUUCCUGGUGGUUUUGUAAUGUGCUUUUCAUGAUGCUUUGAUCACACAAUAUAAAGUAUUCUAAUGGUUUAACAGGUGUUUUGGGACUGAUACCAGAUGCACUUACUGGUUUUCUAGUGGGCUUUAAAUGUGUCCUAAAGGAAACUAGCGGUCUCUGAGGGUAACCAUCAAGCCAAUUUUCAUUAGUAUGCACUACUAUUAGGUUUUCAGCAGGGAUGCUAAAAAAGAAGUAGUUGUUUUUAUUAUAGUAACAGACUCAACACCUUUUGUAACUGGCAAAGUAGUUCAUGAAAUAAAUAGAAUCAAAUAGAAAUUUGA